CAAAAGCCCCCAACUUCCCGCAAAGUAUAAUAAACAGAAAUAACCGGGGAACGAAAAAAGAUUCCAAAAAAAUUAUCAAACAUAAAGAUAUAUUUUUUAUAACGAUGAAUGUCGGUGGAGCCGGCGGCGUAGAGUCCGACUCAUCGGCUUCCUCCGUCGUAACGCAAUGGGUUUUCACGGCGACCCAGCGUUACCAACACCUCCUUGAUAAAUCCACCCCGCAUGUGCUCAAUCGGUGGCUUUUUCUUGGGGCGAUCGCCUUCAUUUACGCCUUGCGCGUCUACUUUGUUCAGGGAUUCUACAUCAUCACCUAUGGACUCGGCAUCUACAUCUUGCAGCUUUUGAUCGCUUUCCUUUCCCCCCAGGUGGAUCCCGAGAUUAACGAAUUGCUUUCCACCGACGAUGGGCCCUCUUUGCCUACCCGCGGCUCCGACGAGUUCCGACCCUUCGUUCGUCGCCUGCCCGAAUUCAAAUUUUGGCAUUCGCUCACAAAAGCCUUCUUUAUUGCUUUUGUGUUGACAUUCUUCAGCGCAUUCGAUGUUCCUGUCUUUUGGCCGAUUUUAUUGUUCUAUUGGUUGGUGCUUUUUGUUUCAACAAUGAAAAGGCAGAUAAUGCACAUGGUUAAAUACAAAUAUGUUCCAUUCACCUUUGGCAAGCAGCGUUACAAUGGGAAGAAAGCUGUUUCCUCAGAUGACACUAGCGUUUCCAAAUCCUAAGCUUUUAAGGUAAUGCAAAGGAGAUGCCCGAUGUAUUAGGUUUUAUUAGGGGAGGGUAGAAUCUCCCGAAUAGCUUCCUGGUUUUUUCUUAAAGAACCUAUGUACCUCAUUUUUUGCUGUCAGGGACAGUAGUAGUUUCGUGGUGCCCUGUCUUGGUACUCUAUGUUCGAGAACACUACACUUUUAACAGAUAGCCUUCAUUUACAUGCCACUGUAAAUGCUGAAAUUUUAAGCCUUUCCAUGUGUUGUAAUAUUUCGAGAUGCCUAAUGAAAAUUAAAGUAAUCCUUGCAUUCCACUUAGCAAUACUCCACAUUCCACUUUUUCCACUGUCCUCAACAGGACAACGUCAGGUCAGUCUUUCCAUCCUCACUUUUGGCUGUUGAUGUUGUUUUAUCUCCGAGCCAACUCCUUGAUUUUUAUUUGCUCCCUGACAAUUCCUUCAAGAUGGAACUCUUUAUUAUUUUACUGUUGUCUGGUAGAGCUAUGCAAUGAUGAGUUUUUUUAUAAAUCUUUUUCCUUUUCCGGUGGAAGUCUGUUAACCUAAUAUGUUUAUUGCUUUUUAGGCAUAUGGUUUAAGGAAAAAAGAUGGAUGUUAGAUUAGAAGUAUGCACGACGUUAUAGAGGUAUUGUACAUCCCCUAUGACAAGUCUAGUUGAAACUACUAACCCAAAGGAUAAGGCAAGAUGGUAGAAUACUUGAUAAUUGGGGGGGGACUAGAAGGGCCAGCCCUUGGCUGUCCUCUUUGAAAGUGUCAAUAUACCCUGUUGCCCAACAAUUGUGAGAUGUCAAGUUUUCAUACCUGCUUCCCAUGGGGCUUUGUCAUCUACACUUAGCUGAAAGUAUGUCUUAGUACUAAGUAUACCUUCUGUCUCUACUGUCAUCAAGUGGGUUCUGCAGUGAGAAUGAUUCACUUCUGCCUUUUUAGUUAUUUAUUGCAUCAUUUCUGGAACUUGAAUUUCUUAUAACGACGAAAACUGCAAGUUCAGAGAAUGGAAAACAAAUAAAUGGAAUCAAGUUUGCUCUUCAGUCUUCACUGUUAUUACUUAUUAGUACUACUCCUACAUAUAAGCUUCGAAUACUUCUUCCUUUCUCCAUUUGCUACUUGGCUGUGUAGGAUUAGCGGUUUUCCGGAUACAGAUAUUUAUAGUUGGGUCGAUUAUUAGAACAGGAUCAUCUUCAGAUAACACUGUCCAGUGCACAUAUAAAAUGGAUGCUCAACUUUUUGAUAGAAGUAG